CGCGCAGGAAGAUGAAGACUGCAAUGUCACUGCUAGGAAGCCAAGGCAUCUUCUCAGUCACAGAAAUUCUUAUUGCCUUGGCUGUUUUUCUCCUGGUGUUCACUGUCAUUAGAUCCUUCCAGCAACAGAUCCCACAUGGGCUGAAGAGACUCCCUGAACCAAGGGGAUACCCUCUGAUAGGCAAUGUGUUGGAGCUGGGAAGGAACCCACACCUGUCACUGACUCAGAUGAGCCAGAAGUAUGGAGACGUGAUGCAGAUACGAAUUGGCACUACACCAGUGCUAGUCCUGAGUGGGUUAAACACCAUCAGACAAGCCCUGGUGAAGCAAGCAGAAGACUUCAUGGGACGACCCGAUCUCUGCAGCUUUCGCUACAUUGGGGAUGGCCAGAGUUUGACAUUCAGCAGUGAUUCAGGGGAGGUGUGGAGAGCCCGCAGAAAGCUAGCCCAGAAUGCCCUGAAGACCUUCUCAGUCUCGCCCAGCCCCACUGCCUCCUCUACCUGCCUCUUAGAAGAACAUGUCUUCAAAGAAGCUGACUACCUAAUCACAAAGUUACUGCAACAGAUGAAAGAGAAAAAGAGCUUUGAUGCCUACCGGUACGCAGUGAUCUCUGUGGCCAAUGUCAUCUGUGGCAUAUGUUUUGGCAAGCGUUACAGCCAUGAUGACCAGGAGUUAUUAAGUCUGGUCAGCCUCAACAAUGAGUUUGGGGAUGUGGCUGCCUCUGGGAACCCAGCAGACUUCAUCCCCAUACUCCAGUAUUUCCCAAGCCGUCCCAUGAAGAUCUUCAAAGAUCUCAAUAAGAGGUUCAGUGCUUUUGUGCAUAAGAUUGUUAAGGAACAUUACACUACCUUUGAUAAGAGCCACAUCCGUGAUAUCACUGACUCUUUGAUUGAACACUGUCAGGAUAAAAAAAUGGAUGUGAAUGCUAACAUUCAGCUCCCUGAGAAAAAGAUUGUCAACCUUGUCAAUGAUCUUUUUGGAGCUGGUUUUGAUACUGUGACAACUGCCCUGUCCUGGAGUCUUGUGUACCUUGUAACAUAUCCAGACAUUCAGAAGAAGAUUCAGAAUGAAUUGGAUCAGACCAUUGGCAGAGAGAGGAGACCCAGGCUGUCGGACCGACUCAUGCUGCCAUACCUCGAGGCCUUUAUACUGGAGACGUUCAGGCAUUCUUCCUUUGUGCCCUUCACAAUUCCUCACUGCACAACUAAAGAUACAUCAUUGAAUGGCUACUACAUCCCUAAAAACCUCUGUGUAUUCAUCAACCAAUGGCAAGUCAACCAUGAUGAAACACUUUGGAAAGAGCCAUCUGCUUUCAACCCAGAGCGUUUCCUCAAUGCUGAAGGGACAGAAAUUAAUAGGAUGGAGAGUGACAAAGUGCUGAUAUUUGGCUUGGGGAAGAGGAGGUGUAUUGGUGAGUCCAUUGGCAAGUGGGAGAUGUUUCUCUUCUUGGCCACACUGCUCCAGCAACUAGAGUUCAGCAUAUGUGAUGGACAGAAGGUAGACAUAACACCUCAAUAUGGACUGACCAUGAAGCACAAGAAGUGUGAGCACUUCCAGGUUAAGCAACGUUUCCCAAAUAAAAGCUUUGAGUGAGCUGUACUUCCUUGCUGCUGGGACGUGAAACGGGACAUACCAUUUUAGAACAUGGAGUUUGCCUUCUGGAAUCGCCAAGACCAUUUGAGGGCUGACAUCCUCUCUACAGGAAAGCAAUAUGGAAUAAACAGGGGCUAUCUCUCUGUGCUAAUUCACUGGGGGCUUGUACAUAUCUAAUGUUUUCCGAGAGCUUGUGCAUAACAGC